UUCUUGGGUUCAAUUAAUCGUCUACCCCAGAGUCUCGAUGAUGAGGAGAUCGGUUGAGAUUACGGGCAGAAGAUUUGUUCAUCGGCAUACUCUAGUGAAAGGUAAUCCUGGAACUGCUUUUUCUGGUGAGAGUUACGAUUACAGAGCGAAAUUGAGAACUGGGCUAAGUAAUAUAAAGUUAGAUGAAGCUGUUGAUCUGUUCAGUGUUAUGGUCAAGUCUCGUCGACGUCCUUCAGUCAUUGAUUUCAAUAAAUUGUUGAGUACCAUUGCUAAGAUGAAGAAGCAUUGUGUUGUCAUCUCCUUGGGGCAGCAGAUGCAAAACUUGGGAAUCGCUUAUGAUCUUUAUACUUACAGUAUUUUGAUUAACUGUUUUUGCCGCUCCUCUCAAGUCUCUCUUGCUUUAGCUCUUCUUGGCAAGAUGAUGAAACUUGGCUAUGAACCCGAUAUUGUCACGCUUAACUCGUUGCUCAAUGGGUACUGUCACGGUAAGAGGAUAUCCGAUGCCUUAGGUUUAGUUGAUCAAAUGGUGGAAAUGGGAUAUCAACCUGAUCCCGUUACAUUUACAACUUUGAUUCAUGGACUUUUUCUUCACAGCAGAGCUUCAGACGCAGUGGCUUUAGUUGACAGAAUGGCUGACAAAGGCUGUCAACCGAACCUAGUUACUUAUGGUGCUGUUGUAAAUGGAUUAUGUAAGAGAGGUGAUAUCGAUAUAGCUUUCAAUCUGCUCAAGAAAAUGGAAGCGAGUAAGAUAGAGACAAAUAUAGUAAUCUACAACACAGUCAUUGAUGGUCUUUGUAAACACAGACAUGCGGAUGAUGCACUCAACCUGUUCAACAAAAUGGAAAACAAAGGAAUUCAAGGCGAUGUUUUUACCUACAACUCCCUCAUAAGUUGCCUUUGUAAUUACAGGCGAUGGAAUGAUGCCUCUCGACUACUUAGUAAUAUGAUUGAGAGGAAAAUUAACCCCGAUAUAGUCACUUUCAAUGCAUUGAUCGAUGCAUUUGUGAAGGAGGGGAAACUUUUAGAGGCUGAAAAAUUGUAUGAGGAGAUGAUCAAAAGGUCUAUAGAUCCUGAUAUUUUCACCUACAAUUCUUUGAUCUAUGGGUUUUGUAUUCAUGAUCGUCUAGACGAGGCCAAGCAAUUUCUUGAGUUGAUGGUUAGCAAGGGUUGUUUUCCAAAUGUAGUGGCAUAUAAUACUCUCAUAAAGGGAUGUUGUAAGUCUAAGAGAGUAGAAGAGGGUAUGGGACUCUUCCGAGAGAUGUCUCUAAAAGGAUUGGUUGGAAACACAGUCACCUAUACCACUCUCAGCCAAGGCUUUUUUCAAGCUAGAGAUUGUGAUAAUGCCCAAGAAGUUUUCAUGCAGAUGGUUUCUGAUGGUAUACCUCCUGAUAUAUGGACAUACAACAUUUCGUUAGAUGGCCUUUGUAAUAAUGGGAGGAUAGAGGAAGCAUUGGUGAUAUUCGAAGAUCUGCAAAAGAGUGGAAUAGAACUUAAUAUCGUCACGUACAAUAUAAUGAUUGAAGGGAUGUGCAAGGCUGGGAAGGUGGAAGAUGGGUGGGAGCUAUUUUGUAGCCUCAGCCUUAAAAGAGUGAAGCCUGAUGUUAUAACCUACAAUACAUUGAUCUCAGGCUUGUGUAGUAAACGCAUAUUACUGGAAGCUGAGGCAUUAUUUAGAAAAAUGAAAGAAGAUGGUCAUCUCCCAAGUAGUGGUACCUAUAAUACGCUUAUCAGAGCAUGCCUAAGAGACGGUGACAAAGCUGGAUCGGCUGAACUCAUCAAAGAAAUGAGGAGUUGCGGGUUUGCUGGAGAUGCUUCAACCAUUAGCUUGGUCACUAAUAUGUUACAUGAUGGGAGAUUGGACAAAAGCUUUCUGGAUAUGCUUUCUUGAAGCAGUUUACUCCUCUCAUCUCAGUUUUCACCAUCAGAGGGAACCAAAGGUUCGUAAUUUGACAGCCUCUCUUUGUCUUUCUCUUUCUAGAUUUGUAUUUUGGUUGCAGAGAUGGGCUUAGCACUAGAAAUACUGCAGGUUCAGAGGAAAUCGAGCGCAUUCUGGCCUUGAUAAUGAGAUCAGUGGUCUCCAUGGCCAAGUCAGAUAGUUGAAAUAUAUAAGAGAAACCCUCAAUAUGCCAAUUCUUAUUGUGUGCUUGUAGUUCUAUCGGCUUAUGGAUCCUCUUUGAGAAUUUAGUUGAUCAUAUUGGGAAAUCUCUGUUAUUGCUAUGGCUAGUUGAUUAGGGGUGAGGUAUAUGUCUGUGUUAGGAUCGCAAGGGACUCUACGGCUCUGGUUCUAAUACCGUUUUGAUGCUUUAUUGGUCUUGACAAUGGCUUCAAUUUUGGUAAUUUCUUUUUAUAUGUUUUUUGGUUCAGGGUAUGUACUACGAUAAUAUAUGUUUAUUCAUCAGUGAGUUUGUUGUUAAUUUCCAUUGUUCUUCACCAUCUCUGAUACGUUUUGUUCAGUGUACAAACUCAAUUAGAGAGAUGAAAAGAAAGUAUAGUAUUACACGAA